UUCGACCAGUGGAAAUAGAGAAGGGUGUAUGCGGUAGACAUGUGUAUGGCUGUGAACACAUAUUUUAUAACCUUGAUUCUGUCUUUACUUUCUUUCUAAACAAGCCUUCAAAUUACCUCCACCACAAACAUGCAGGUUGCCAUGGAUAUCACCACCAAGUAUUGCCAUAAGGAGAUGGAGAGCUAUGGGCAGUGUGUGGCCGCUCACCCAUCAACAUGGCAACAGCACUGUCAAGACCUAAAGAUGAAGGUGGCACAGUGUACCUCUUCACACCCUGUGAUCCAGAAGAUCCGGACAGACUGUUCAAAAGAGUUCGCAGAGUUUGAACGCUGCUUACUAGAGAACCAGAACUCACCUACCUCCUGUUCAGCACACGUAGCACGCUUCCUCGGCUGUGCAGAGACAGUGGACCUUGCCGGAGUGGCAGUGAACCCGGUUCCUCAGCCCUCUUAGGACCCAGCAUGGACCAUCAUCCAUCCCUCUCAGGGAAGAUAUCUCCUUCCUGCAAUACUGACGCUGGACUGCUCUAUCAAUCAUGGAUAAAUCAAUGCCCAUGUCAUAUUGAUAACAUAACAUCCUGAAUUUGUACAUGAAGGGGAAUCUUGUCCAUGGCUACUUUAGGAUUUGUCAAGAGAACUCGGAAUAUUAGACAUUUACUGGGACUGAUUUCUGCCUGAGACUGUCAAGAUACAUAUUUAUAGUAGUAACCUCGGGUAGUAACCUCGGGUAGUAACCUCGGGUAGCAGCAUAAAUGGUUAUUUUUCUCUCCAAUUUAUAUUGAGAAUGAAUGUGUGUAACGGGGUUAGCUUUGCAACCUCACUCCGCAGCAUAUCUGUGCACAACUGCGUGUUAUCCAAGUAUCCCUGGUUUGCGGUGUAGUGGUCUCUUGUCAAUUUUAUUUUGGGUGAAGUUUAUCAUUAAACUCCUAUAUUUCAGUCCUA